UGUGUGUAUUUGUCUAAACCUGCACAACCACCUCUACAUUGACGUCCACAUUUAUCAGACCAUCUUUAAUCAGCAGACAUGAGGGCGUCAGGCCCAUGGACAGUCUGAUUACAUCUGAGCAGACAGAUAUAAAAGUGAGAAGAAGGAACAGAUUUUUGUCUUCCUCUUCACCUUCAUCAGUCUGUAGCAGCAGCAGCAGCGAUACUCGCCACAAUGUGCACCGUCACCCCUGACUGUUUCUUGAAGCAGAACAAACUGGAGCAGGCCAUGGACACCCUGGUGGAGGUGUUCCUGUCCUACUCUGACCGGGCCCUUGGCAACAAGUACAGCCUGAGCUACACAGAGCUGAGAGACCUGAUCCAGAAGGAGCUCAACCACCGUAUGAAGGGCCAACUGCAGAUAUCCAACCUGAUGUGCAGUCUGGACGAGGACCGUGAUGGAACCAUUUGCUUUGAGGAGUUUGUUUUCCUGAUCACUCGGGUCAUCAUCUGCUCCCACCCUCACUUCGAACGUUACAAACAAACCAUUAUAACAUGUGGACAAUUCAAAUACGAUAUUUGAUUGUAGUUGAAUGAGCAGCUCACCAGUUCUGUCACUGAUGUUUGCAGUGUCUCAAUAAAAAUACGGAACAAAUAAAAUUGUUGGAAACCUAACACU